AUGGCUUUUCCUGUUUCUCUGUAGAGCCCCACGAAGGUGUCAUGCAAAGGUGUUGGCCUGCACAAGUUUCCAAAGCAGCUCAGCCAAGGAGUUAAGUACCUUGACCUCUCCAACAAUUUCAUCCAAAACCUGUCGGACAGCCUCAUGCCUUGGUUUGGGCAGCUUGAGUACCUGGACGUAUGCUUCAACCAGCUGGAGGCUGUGUCUGAAAUGACCCUGGCUCAGCUACCCCAUCUUCGCUCUCUCUUCCUGGGAUCUAACCAUCUUGAUCACAAUUACCUCACUAAUGGGAGGGCCUUUAGGUUGCUCAGGAAUAUAGAGGUCCUGGAUCUCUCAGCAAAUAAUUUGGAGAGUCAUAUGGCAGGCUGGUACUUCAGCAAUCUCACCACGCUGAAAAAGCUGAAUCUGUCUGGGAACAAGAUGACAAAGCUGCCAGCAGGUAUCUUCUGGAGUACACCACAGCUGAGUGAGCUCAACCUCAGCAACAACUACAUCAUGGAAAUAGAGGAGGGUGCUUUUGAGGCUCUGAAAGACCUGAAGGUGCUAAACUUAGCUUUGAAUUCCCUCCACUGUAUCUCUGGCUUCACUCUCACACAGCUGCAAGUUUUAAAUCUCAGCCACAAUGCCCUGGAACUCUUUGUCUCAGAGGAGGGAGAAGAGCACUACCUGCUUCAAGUGCUAGACUUGAGUCAUAACAGACUUCUCUAUUUUCCAGAGCUCCCCAAAGCACAUUAUCUCACACACUUAAACCUCUCCAACAAUGCUAUUACUUCGCUGGUACCAAGUUCACACCAUCCAGCAGAAUUUGUACUGCAAUAUGAUGAGAUGGCAAGGCUUAAUAAAUCCUUGAAUACUGUGGCUAAUCUGACCCAUGUAGCUGACCUAGAUCUCAGCCAUAACAAGCUGCAACUGUUUCCAUUUACUUUCUUUCACAGUCUGAGCUCUCUGCACAAUCUCAGUGUGGCUAUGAAUUGUCUCCAGAAUGUAACCAAGGAGUCACUUACAGGUGACAGAGAAAGUGACAACUCACUUGUGUCUCAGGAUCAUGCGUUUCUGUCUGUGCGCUCACUGGAUCUCCAUGGAAAUUUCAUUCACUUAUUGCCACAUUGGUUUUUUGAUUUUCUGCCUCAUUUGGAAACAAUCAAUCUUGGUUCCAACAGCCUCCAACCCUGUGAGAGCCUGGAAACUAAUAAAGGAGAGAUUUCAGGAGGGGGCUCUCAUGUGCCAGCCCCGGGAGGCACCUGCACUGCGUUUGAUAACAUACCUAAUUUGAAGCAUCUGAGUCUUUUUAAGAAUAACAUUACAAGGCUGUAUCCCUACACAUUCAACCAAACUCCCUUGAUCUCAUUAGAUCUGUCUGAGAACAAGGAUUUGUUCAUGCCCAAAGAAGCUCUGGAGGGGCUGCAAUUUUCCUUGCAGAAACUCUCUCUGAGAGGAAACCAAAUGCAUGAUGGCCACACAGAGUUCCCCUGUCUGGACAUGCUGAAAGUUUUGGAUCUAUCAGGCAAUAAUUUCAGCCUUCUUCCCAGAGACCUUUUCUGCUCCCCACUAGAAAGCCUGGACAUUCGCAGUAAUAACCUGAUGACCUUUGAAAAGCAGGCUCUUGCAAGCUGGUCCCACAGCCUCAAGCAAGUGUCUGUGGCUGGAAACCCAUUUAACUGUUGUGCGCUGGCCUGGCUGGAUGUGCUCCAGGCGACCAGUGUGAGUGUGCUGGACCUGAAUGAAACACUCUGCUCCUACCAAGAUAAGACAAAGAAUUUUUCAGUCAAGAUAACCAGCAGUCCUCGGUGGCUUUGUCCAAAUCCCAAAGGAAACAGCACUCUAGCUGUGCUGGUGGUAGUGAUUAGUCUUUUGUUUCUCAGCUAUGUGGCCUGCUGCCUUCUGAAAAAAGGACAGAAGCUGCCUGGGUGUUUGGGUUGCAGAAGCCAUAGGGUGGAUGUCAUGCCAUACCAUCCAGAAAGGGAAAAGACAGCUGAGACAAGGCCAGCAGACAGCGUUACAAAAGUAUAGCACAGUGCUGGGGAGGAGGAACUAUAGCCAUUGGUCAGAAUUAUUAUUAAUAAUUUGGCAAGGAAUAUCAAGGACCACAAGAAGGGCUUUUUAAAAUACGUUAGUAACAAAAGGAAGAUAAGGGAAAAUGUGGGCCCACUCCUGAAUGGGGCAAGGACCUUGAUAACAAAGGAUAGAGAGAAGGCAGAGAUACUGAAUGCCACCUUUGCCUCAGUCUUUACUGGCAAGACCAGCCCUUGGGAAUCCCAGACUCUAGAAAGCAGAGAGAAAGUCUGGAGAAAGGAGAACACUCCCUUGGUGGAAGAGGAUUGGAUUAGAGAUCAUUUAGGCAAAUUUAACAUCCACAAGUUUACAGGCCCUGAUGGGAUGCACUCACGAGUGCUGAGAGAGCUGGCAGAUGCUAUUGCUAUGCCACUCUCUAUCAUCUUUGAAAGAUCACGGAAAAGUGGAGUGGUGUCUGAGGACUGGAAGAAAGCCAGUGUCUCUGUAGUCUUCAAAAAGGGCAAGAAAGAGGACCCAGGAAGCUACAGGCUGGUCAGCCUCACCUCCAUCCCUGGAAAGGUGAUGGAACGGCUCAUCCUGGAUGCCAUCUCUAAGCAUGUGAAGGAUAGGAAGGUGAUCAGGAGUAGCCAGCAUGGAUUCACCAAGGGGAAAUCAUGCUUAACCAAUCUGAUGAUGGCCUUCUAUGAUAGAAUGAUUG